AUGACCCAAACCACCCUCCUUCCAUCUCCAACAACCCCCACAAUCCCCACCUGGAAACCCACCGUCUACGCCAAACGCCAGGCCCAACUAGCCGCCAUCCCCGAAGCCUGGCGUCUUUCCAACCCACCUCCCACCCCGACCACCACCGACCAAACCGAACCCCAACCCCGGCCCCAAGACCAAGAACAAGAUACCCUAACCACCAUCCGCACGAGCGGCAUCCUCACCGCGCAAGAACUGGCCUGGACCGAGACCGCCGACACAACCGUGCUGCUCCAGGCCCUCGCGUCCGGGGAAAUCACCUCCGUGCAGCUGACGACGGCCUUCUGCAAGCGCGCCGCCCUGGCGCAGCAGCUGACCAAAUGCCUGACGGAGAUUUUCUUCGACCGGGCGCUGGCGCGCGCGCGGUGGCUGGACGAGGAGUUUGCCCGCACGGGCGGGAGGACGCGGGGCCCGCUGCAUGGGUUGCCGGUGUCGAUCAAGGAUCGGUUUGAUCUGGAGGGGGUGGAUACGACUGUUGGCUGGGUAGGACUGAUCAACAAACCGGCCAAAAAGUCUAGCUCGAUUGCGCGGCUGCUGGAGUCGAUGGGGGCGGUGUUGUAUGUCAAGACGAAUGUGCCGCAGUCGCUUAUGAUGUCCGACUCCUACAACCACGUCUUCGGACAGUCGAUCAACGCCUUCAACAGCCGACUCAUCUCCGGCGGGAGUUCCGGCGGCGAGGGGGCGUUGAUUGGCACCCGGGGCAGUGUGCUGGGGAUUGGGACGGAUAUCGGGGGCUCGAUUCGCAUCCCGGCUAACUUGCAGGGGUUGUAUUCGGUUUGUCCGUCGAGGGGGAGGGUUCCCUGGGAUUGUUCGUUCAUGCACCAACACUACAUGGUGCCCCCCGUCGCCGGCCCGAUGGCGCGCAGCCUCGCCUCGAUCGAGCACUUCAUGGCUACCCUGCUGGCCUCGGAGCCCUGGACCCUCGACCCGGGCUGCAUCCCGAUCCCCUGGCGCGCGGAGCUGGCCCAGACACCCGCCCACCGGAAACUGCGCGUGGCGAUCAUCCACGACGACGGGGUCGUCAAGCCGCAGCCGCCCAUUGCGCGGGCGAUGCGCGAGGUCGAGCGGAAGUUGGUGGAUGCCGGGCAUGAGGUAAUCCCCUGGCCCGCCACCGCCCUCCACAAAGAAGGCACCGCCCUCUGGACGAAAGCCAUCCUGGCCGACGGCGGCCAACACUGUCGGUACCUGUGCGACAUUGUCGGGGAGCCGUUGAUCGAGGGGAUGGUCGUGGGGACGUCGGAGGAUGAGUUGUCGGUGGAGGAGAGGGAGAAGCUCGAAGAAACAAAAUACACCUACCAAGAAACCUACCUAUCGCACUGGACGACCAGCGGUAUCGACGCCCUCCUCAUGCCCGUGACGCCCUGGGUCGGCUACCGGCCCAAAUCCUGGGUCGUCAGCGCCCAGUGGCUCGGGUACACGGCGCUGUGGAAUUUGUUGGAUUACGCCGCGGUCACGGUGCCGGUGACCUGUGCGGAUGCGGGGGUGGAUCAUCCAGAGAGUAACAGCGAUAGCGAGAUCAACCGGGCAUGGCGCGAGCAUGUGCCCCGCAAUGAGUCGGAUCGGUUUAAUUAUUUGCAGUACGAUAUCGAUCUGGUCAAGGAUAUGCCAGUUACGGUGCAGGUGGUUGGGGGUAAGUUCGGGGAGGAGAAGGCGGUUGCUGUGGCUAAGGUUUUGGAUGAGCUUUUGAGGUAG